CAGGCUGGUGUAACACACUGAGCAUAUUAGACGUGCCCAGCCAAAUACAGACUUUACAGUCGGACGGUCAGGACAGGGGGCACGUCUGAUUUGUGAUCUUAUUAUAACGGGACCUUUACUUGCAUUCAAAGGAUUAAGCAACAACAAAACGACCAACUAAAGGACUACUUUCGGCUUGAUUCACUUGUUAAACUUUCUUUGGACUGUUUCUCUCUUAUCGUCAAACGUACAGUAAGCAUUAAGUACAACCUUAUCAAGGUUUGUUUUUUCCGGACCACCACCUUUAUCUGCCUAUCCAAGGACGCCGUAGCCACAGUGGAAAACAAACGCAAAGAAGAAAUAUUGUACACCCAGGACGCGUUCAUUCAGCGGGAAUAAGGAACAAAGACCUUGGUGCCAAGCAACAAACGCGCUCUCCGGUAUUGCCGCCAGACUUCACAGAUAAUUUUGCUACGGAUGACAAAGUUUACGACUGAUAGAAGCCAAAACUGCAUUGUAUGCAAUACGUGCAAAAGACUUUGAAGAUCUUGAAUACGAUCUACUGCGUGCGCGUCCUCAUAAACUGACUCGUAUUUAUUCUGUUAUUCCUUGGCAAACAUACUUUUCCUUUUUGAUUUGCCAAAAUUCAACUACAUCUUACGAUUAGUAUUCGUUUGAUAUAAUUUUUGCGUUUUUUUCCAAUGGAAAUGAUCUCCUUCCAGUAGACGUGAACUGAAGUUAGGUGCGCUCGUACUUUUCAUUGUUCUGUUUUGGAGAGGAGCGGGUCCUUUGUCUACAGCAGCGAGAUGAGUUUGAACUUGUCAUCUGCUACACCUUCACUGCGACUAAAGCGAGUAGACUUCGAGGACUCUCACCAUGAUACCUUCAAAUGUAAGCGCCGCAGACUUAGCCAGCCUCCCUCUCCGGGUCUUGCACCCUGUCUUCGACCCCUGUCCCAAAGCCUGGAACAACCAGAGUCAGAGAAGCACCACGUUUCGCGUAUUGGACCCUACAUACUACUGGAGGCCAUAGAAGGAGCACAGACAUUCAGGGCCAUUCAUCAGGUUACAGAACAGGAGUACACAUGCAAGGUGUUUUCAAUAAAGAAGUACCAUGAGUUCAUCGCACCUUACACACGCCUUCUUCCCCACAACAACAUCUGUAAAAUAUCGGAGGUGAUUUUGGGGGAAAGCAACGUGUACAUAUUCUUCGAGCGUAACUACGGAGACAUGCACUCGUACGUGCGCAGUUGCAAGCGGUUGCAGGAGGACGAAGCCGCAAGGCUGUUCAACCAGAUGGCAACCGCAGUCGCGCAUUGUCACGAAAACGGCGUCGUUUUACGAGACCUCAAACUGCGCAAGUUUGUGUUCACCGACUCACAGAGAACAAAGCUGGUCUUGCACAACUUAGAGGAUUCCUGUCUUCUCAAUGGCAAUGAUGACUCACUGACAGACAAACACGGAUGCCCGGCAUACGUCGGUCCGGAGAUCUUAAACUCGCGACACUCUUACUCAGGGAAGGCUGCAGAUGUGUGGAGCCUCGGUGUUGUCCUCUACACCAUGUUGGUGGGACGUUACCCGUUUCAGGACGUGGAACCCACAGCACUGUUCAGUAAAAUUCGCAGGGGUGCGUUCACCAUCCCAGAAACUCUUUCGCACAGGGCUAAGUCUUUGGUGUGUUGCAUGUUAAGGAAAUCUCCCUCUGAGAGGCUAGAAGCUGGAGAUAUACUUCUGCACCCUUGGCUGCACUGUAACAACAACAUAUCCCUUAGCCAGCACUCAAGCACCAGACACUCGACGGAUCAGGUGGUCCCUGAUUUUGAACCGAGUGAGAAUGGAGAUUGUUAAUAAAUCCACAAGGAUUUACCUCCCUUACUCCCCAAUCGGGGGAGUGGACUUUAUCGAGAGAUUGCCUCAUAAGGUAUGCAGGCUUCAAGGGCAUCGACACCACAGUGUGGGGCAGAUUCAUAGCAGUGCUGUGUUGUGUUUCACCAGGCAAAAACUGCUAAGCUGUUCAGGACAGGAGAAAAAAUGACCUUGCUGAACUGUCAUUUAAGCAGCAGUAACUGUUUUGUGUCACUUCUAUUUGUUGUGGUCGCUCCAAAAACGUCACACGGUGAGUGAACAAAAGCAUGAUAGGCUUGUGCUGUACACAAGCUACUGGCAUUUCAAUGGACGUUCGUCACGGCAAGACUGGAUUCGGUCCAGAAAGAACUUAUAAGGCUUGUGCACACACCAUAGAUUCAACAGUAUUGUCGGUGCAUGGAUUUCACCCAUGUCAGUGGUAACCCUUGUCGUGUAAUUUAAAUUCUUAUACCUCUAACUUGAAUCCUGGGAUACUUGAUGCACACUUUGUGCCUUUAUGUACUGUUUACAUAUUUUUUUUUUUUUGCAGUGGAAAAUACAGAUUUGACUAUUUAAAGUGCCUUUUUCCAGUUAAACAUCUGUUGUCGAACACGUUGAAGUACCAAAGAUUUGAGUUUUUCCCCAGUCUGCCUGUGUGGAUCUGCAACGGGUUAGCAAAAAUGCUCAUGUUUCCUUUUCAUGUGAAGAAUUCUAAAGGGUUCUGUUUUUUCCGCCAUUUGGAUUUCUCUUUUGUAAAUGUCUCUUCGUCUGUUAAACUAUGUAUUUGUGCUGUAGAGGGAUGUGCAGAACAUGUUGACAUGCACCACAAGAAAUGUCCAUAUAAUGGUUUAGCAGUGUGCCUGUCAAGCAAAACAAAGGCUUACAUACAUUAGUUUGUGAUGCCUGCAUGCAAUGCUUUAACCCUUUUUUGUUGAAGUACUUGUCGAUUUGUAGAUAUCUUUUUGUUACUAGCGAGAAGUGGACACUACAUUUGUUGUUCAAAGGUUGUCGUACCUAAAAAAAUAAAAGUAUUUUGUUGUUGCCAGUACAAAUAAAAAAAAUCAACAAGA